AUGUAUCCCUUGUACGACGAUAGACGUGGUGGUGGUCGCGGUGGAGGACGUGGGGGUCCUCGAGGUCGGGGGAUGAGUCGCGGAGGCGCAAGUUCAAGAGGCAGGUCUAGUGAUAGAUCUCAAGAGAGAGUCUCCAGGUUCAGUGGAAAUAGUCGCGGGCGCGACAUGGGGCGAGGCGGUAGAGGAGGCAGCCGCGGUGGACGCGACAAUCGUGACGAUUUCCGUGGUAAAUUCAAUAACGAUCAGCCCGGCGGCGGACUGCGAAAGAUACGCUGGGACAAUGUCCAAUUGACGCCCUUCGAAAAGAACUUUUACGUCCCACAUCCCAAUGUGCAAAGGAGGUCAUUGGCGGAAGUCGAGGCGUACCGCAGUCAGCACCAGAUUACAGUGAAAGGGCGGGACGUCCCUGCCCCUAGCAUGUGUUUCGAGGAAGGUGGUUUUCCUGACUACGCUAUGAAGGAGAUUCUCAAGCAAGGUUUUCCUAAUCCAACACCGAUUCAAGCGCAAGGUUGGCCGAUAGCCUUAUCAGGUCGUGACAUGGUCGGAAUCGCGCAGACUGGGUCAGGAAAGACGUUAGCAUAUAUUUUGCCGGCAAUCGUUCAUAUCAUCAAUCAACCGAGGCUAUUGAGGGAUGAAGGUCCAAUUGUACUUGUAUUAGCUCCGACGAGAGAACUUGCCCAGCAGAUACAACAGGCUCUGCUUUCAAUGAACGGGAUAACAUCAAUAGAGGGAAACCCAAACAACAUGGAAAUAGUAGCUCAAGAGUUUGGUCAGAGUGUACAAGUCCGUAAUACUUGUAUCUUUGGCGGGGCUCCGAAGGGUCCACAGGGAAGGAUGUUAGAAAGAGGCGUGGAGAUUGUCAUCGCUACGCCCGGACGACUGAUUGAUUUCUUGGAGAAAGAUACGACAAACCUCCGUCGUUGUACAUAUUUAGUAUUAGAUGAAGCCGACAGAAUGUUGGAUAUGGGCUUCGAGCCUCAGAUCAGGAAGAUUAUUGAACAAAUCAGACCUGACCGACAAGUACUGAUGUGGUCUGCAACAUGGCCAAAGGAAGUUCAGAAUUUAGCUGAAGAGUUUCUCCAUGACUACAUCCAGAUAAACAUUGGUUCUCUAUCUUUAUCAGCCAAUCACAACAUCUUACAAAUAGUGGAUGUCUGCGAGGACUGGGAAAAGAAUGAGAAGCUCUUGACGUUGCUUACUGAAAUAUCUUCAGAAGAGGAAACUAAGACAAUCAUCUUUGCGGAGACUAAGAGAAAGGUGGAUGAGAUUACGAAGACCAUUAACCGGGCGGGCUAUCGGGCUCUCGCCAUCCACGGCGAUAAGAACCAGCAGGACCGCGACUACGUGCUGCAGCAGUUCCGCCACGCGCGCUCCUCCAUCCUCGUCGCCACCGACGUCGCGGCGCGCGGACUCGAUGUGGAAGACGUAAAGUUCGUGAUCAACUACGACUAUCCGAAUAAUUCUGAGGACUACGUGCAUCGCAUCGGUAGAACUGGUCGUUCUCACAACACCGGCACGGCUUAUACACUGUUCACACCUAAUAAUUCCGCUAAGGCCAAGGAUCUUCUCUCAGUUCUUCAAGAAGCCAACCAAGUCGUCAACCCAAAGUUAUUGGAAUUGGCGCAAUGUGGAAUGGGAUUCAAGGGAAAAUAUGGUCGCGGUAGAUUCCGUGAACGGGAUGACAGUUCUUCUCGUGAUCGUGGUCGGGGUCGCGGUAGAGGCGGCAGUCGGUUCUCUGGAGGAGACCGGGGAUCAAGAUGGGAUAACAACUCUAACGGCCAAGGAAACUUCAGCCAAGGUUCCAGCGGUUCUGGUUACAGCCGAGAGAACAGUUACAACAACCGGUCAAACUUCAACAACAGAGAAGGGGGAGGUUUUAACAGAGACAGGGAGGGGGGGAGUUUCAGAGGCCGAGGUGGUAGAGGCGGUAGGGGUGGGAGAGGUGGAUAUGGCGGUUCAGGGGGUUAUAACCAAAAUCAAUCUGGUUUCAAUCAAAGUAACCAAGGUUUCAACUCUCAACCAAACAGUUACUACAAUAUGUACUCUCAACCACCACCUGCUAAUUGAAUUUAGGAAAAAGUGAUAUAAUUAUUAUAUUUAGUUAAUAGUUUUAGGGUUUAUAUGGUAUUUCUGGUGAUUCCCUACUUGUGUUUCAACCCGACACAGAAGAAUAGGCGUGACGAAAGAUUUUCAAAACCUCAUCCGUAAUGUGGGUACACAUUUACUAUUAACGAAAAAAACCUUUAUUUCUGUAAUGAACUCAAGUUUAAGA